AUGGAUCACAGCCACCAUAUCGCAAUUAUGGGCUCAUACACCUCGGAACAGCCUGAAUACUGCAAUGAGCAGGUUUUUCAGCGUAAUCGGUUGCCCACGCGAUCUUACUGGAUUCCUGAAGAUGCUCUUCUUUUGAAUGGGAGCUGGGAUUUCCAAUACGCACCAACGCCAUUCCACGAAGUCGACGAGUGGAAACCGAUCGAGGUGCCGGCUCAUUGGCAAUUGCAAGGUUACGGGAGACCUCAUUAUACCAAUGUACCCUACCCGUUCCCGAUCGAUCCACCGUUCGUUCCAACUGAGAAUCCGGUCGGGACCUACAAAAGGUCAUUCCGGGUUCUAUCGAGCUGGACGGUUCCUUCUCAAAUUCGAUUGAGAUUUGAUGGCGUUGACAGUGCUUUCCACCUAUCUGUCAAUGGAAAGGAGAUUGGAUAUAGCCAGGGAAGUCGAAACCCCGCGGAGUUCGAUAUUACCGAACAUGUUCUUCUCGAGGACGCCAAUGAAGUUAUCGUUCGGGUUUACCAGUAUUGCGAUGGGUCGUAUCUGGAAGAUCAGGAUCAAUGGUGGUUAUCAGGUAUUUUCCGGGAUGUCUACCUUCUAGCUUUUUCAGCUACCGCGCGAAUCGAGGACUUUUUUGUACAGACUUGGCUGGAUGAAGGUUACAAAGAUGCCACAUUGCAGGUUGGCCUUGCGCUUCACAUCGAAACAGCAUCGACAAUCGAAAUUAAGGUCCGAGACCAUGAUGCCUCCCUUAUUGGACAACAGCAUGACUCGGUACCUGCUGGAUCUCCAACUUGGCAGCUCAAACUGCCGGUAUCGAAUCCUCGGAAAUGGACAGCAGAAACACCAUAUCUAUAUGACCUUGAGAUUACCCUCGUCUCCUCACCUUGCAAGCCUCAAGUGAUUCAACACAAGGUCGGAUUUCGGCAGGUGGAGCUUUUGAAGGGUAAUAUAACUGUGAAUGGCAAAGCGAUCCUUUUUCGAGGAGUCAAUCAUCAUGACUUUCACCCCUUAAAAGGACGCGCCGUACCGCUGGAGUUUCUCAGACAUGACCUUGUCUUGAUGAAGCAACAUAACGUCAAUGCGGUCCGCUGCUCUCAUUACCCUUCUCAUCCCAGAUUUUACGACCUCUGUGACGAGAUCGGAUUGUGGGUGAUCGACGAAGCUGAUCUAGAAUGCCACGGUUUCAUUCGAGGCAAUGUGGACAUGAAGAAUGUGCCUCGCGAGAUUUGGCAGAAAGACGGCGCCGAUUCAAUUGAGGAGUAUCUCAGUCCUACAUUAGCCAAGUACACCAGCGAUAACCCGGCUUGGCGGGAAGCAUAUGUGGACCGUAUCAGACAAAUGCUUCAACGAGAUAAGAAUCAUCCCUCCAUCAUCAUCUGGAGCCUCGGGAACGAGGCGUGGUAUGGACGCAACCAUGUCGCCAUGUACGAGUACGCCAAACAGCAUGAUCCCACACGGCUCGUCCAUUAUGAAGGAGACAGAAAGGCCGAAACAACAGACAUGUGCUCAUACAUGUACCUUGAACUUGAUAACAUGGAACGGAAGGCACUGGCGGAAGGUGAUGAGUUCACCAAGCCCAUCAUUCUGUGUGAAUACGGAAUGGCUCUUGGGAAUGGACCGGGCGCAUUGGAGGAAUACCAAGAAAUGUUUCAUAAAUAUCGGCGGCUGCAAGGAGGGUUCAUCUGGGAGUUUGCAAAUCUCGGAUUGUGGAAGGAAGACAAAGGCUACUACGCCUAUGGGGGAGACUUUGGCGAUUAUCCAAACGAUGCAACAUUCGCCUUGGACGGACUUUGCCUGUCUGACCACUCCCCCGGUCGUGGGAUGAUCGAGUUCAAAAAAGUCAUCGAGCCGGUUAAAAUCAGUGUCACUGAUGGUAAUUUGUCGCUUCUUAACCUACACGACUUUGAUUGCCUCAACAAUCUGAUGCUGACUGUGAAAUUAUCGAAAUUCAACGGCCGCGAACAAGAGACAAUUCUUCUGGAUCGCAAGCCAUGUCCUACAGUGAGGCCCUCUGAGACGAUAACCAUGCUCCUCCCUGAGCUUCCUGAUAUCGAGAAAGAUGUUGUAGAAUGCCACGUGAACAUUAGCCUUGAGGUAGAUCAUCCUACAGUAUGGGCACAACAUGGCCACGAAGUCGCAUGGUGCCAGCACCUAGUCACAAGACGCGAGUGGCCAACCCUCCCCGCUGUGGUCCAGGAUAGGUCGAUUGAGGUGCAAGAAUAUAAGACCUUUUGGAUCACUACAGGAUCCAACUUUCUUAUUCAGUUUGACGGGAUCAGAGGAUGCUUAGUGGACUGGAGACUUGGAGGCCAAUCGGUGUUCACGUCAGCACCAGUCCUUGGGGCCUGGAGACCCCCAACAGAAAACGACACCAAGUACGACGCGGCACGAUGGAACGACUACGCUUUGGAUAAUCUCCAACGUCGCGUGAUCUCCUCUUCUCUGCGGUUCUCCAGUCCAGACCGCCUGGAUAUCAUCAUCGAGGCUUAUAUCGGCGCUGCCAUUCGAGAUUGGGGCUUUGUGACCACAAUCACGUACUCGAUUCACGGAGACGGGACAAUGAUCAUCGACCACCAGAUUCGUCCUCGCGGAUUCCACCCUUCUAUCCUCCCCCGCUUAGGUCUUGAUAUGCAGCUGCCCCCUGAUUUUGAGACUGUGGAUUGGUUUGGAUGUGGACCAGAGGAGUCCUAUGCCGACAAGCGCAAUUCUCAAAAAGUGUCGUUACACAGUAGAACCCCCGAUGAACUUUAUACAGCAUAUGAAUACCCACAAGAAAAUGGCAACCGUGCAGGAACGCGCUGGCUUCGGCUAAGAGGCAAUCGGAAUGUGGGGCUAAUUGUUGCGCGAGUGGACGAAUCUGGGAAUGCGGGGGGGAACGCACGCCACCCGACAGACCUAGAAAGGCGGGAAGACGUGUUUCUUCGGCUCGAUGCGGCCCACGCAGGUUUGGGAACUGCGCGAUGUGGCCCUGCGACGCUUGACAAGUACCGAGUUCCAUGUCGCGAAAGCCGGUUCGCAUUUGUUUUCAAGCCGACUUCAAUGUGA